CCGGCCAGUUGCUGACUAUCAGUUGCAGUCGGCAGUUUCGAAUCGCGCGGAAUCGAACGCGCGAGCUCGAAGAUCUUUCUCUCCUCUCUUUCUUUUUUUUUUUUUCUUUCAUCUCGCGAUGUCCUCCGACCGGAGCGUUCCUUUCGCAUUCCUCUUCUGUUUGUUCGCGGUUCUAUCACCACGUGGAAGUCACUGCGCCACGAACGUCACCAACAUCGCGGAACAGGUCCAGGCGGAGAACGCCCUUGCGAAACUGGUGAAGAUGUUCUCCAAACCGGGCGCAUUCAAGAGGAUUGAUGCGAUACUCGGCGAGAAUACUAUCGAGGCAUCGUUCUCCAACUGUCCCAUGGGGGAGGAGGGCCUGGAGUGUCGGAGAGCCGAAGCACGCCGAUCCGUCGACUGUCCGCGAGGAGACUGUUUCUGUUACGAUUGCGCCGCCGCCGGGCCCGACUUAUGGGCCUCCUGUUGCCGUGAAAGCUUGAGAUGUUGCUCUCAUCUCGCGGCAGCCUGCAGGACGUGCGAUCAUCCGACGCUGUAUCCCUUUUGCGCCAAACACUUCAAGAAAUGCCUGUCGCAGUAUAACGAAAAGAAGCAGAAUUAGUCACCGGGAUUUCUUCGGCGAUGUCUCGACUGUGAUAGUUGUGUUUUACCAUGACGAUCGAUGAUCUUGAAAUGUGUGACUGGUCUCCCCCUCCCCGCCCAUGAAAUUGUUCAAGUUUAUAACAACGGCCACUCUGGCCGAAUAUUACUAGCGUAUACGCGAGACAUUUAAACUUAAUCGUAUUACACAUUGCACAAGUCAAGUUUCACGCCGUUACUUCUAAAUAUAGCAUUUACCCUCGUUAAACUGGUCCAACCUGAUUGUUUCUGACUCCAACUUUGUUGUUGAAUGAAGAUUUUAAUUUUGUAAUCCUGAUUGUACCUGAAACUUGACAUCGUAAAUUCAAAAGCAAUUAUUUAUGAAAAAUAUUAUUUACAAUAAUAUAAUUUUUCCUUAAACAAAAAAAAAUUCUUUUAGUUCUUCAAAUUUGUACAGUGUAUAAAUUAAAGCCUGUUGUAAUCAAACCUGUAAAAUAUAACUAUAAAAAUUGAUGCGUAUUGCGGAGAACGCUUCUGCAAAUUUAUAUUUACCUAUCAACUUACUUUUUUAAUUAUUUUAGUCUAAAUAUUAAUUGUUAAUUAAUUGUAUACUCUAUAGAAUUUAUACGCUUUUGAAAAAAAUAUAUACAACUUCUAUAAAAUACAAAAAAUUUGCAGGUUUAUAGAUCUAUACAUAUCGACAUUUUGAUAAAUAAAUCGGUAAAACUCA